UUGUCAUUCGUGCCCCCCCCCUUCAUCAGCCUCUUUCUGACGAGGUUCAUUUGCACUGAACCGCCUGAGCUGCAGGAUGAGACGCUGGGCCAGAAUCGCGCCCCUCCUGCUCUUGCUCUUCUACAGCUCUGUGGCUCAAGAACCCGAUGAAAGGGCGGCAUCGCCUCCACCCGAGGCAUCCAAUGGUGUGGAGGAAGAGAACACAGACUGGGGCCUAAACUCUCUGAGAGGAAGCUUCGAGGCAGUCAGCGGCUACUUUGACUCAAUGCUGGAGUUCAUGGGCGGACGGGAUGGACUCUGCCAAUACCGCUGUCGAUAUGGUAACGCUCCUCUUCCACGUCCUGGGUACCAGAUGCCAGAACCUGAUGGGUGCAGCUCCUACUUCUUUGGUCUUCCUGUUCCGGAGGGGAUGGACAUGGGGAUCCCCGCCAUGACCAAGUGUUGCAACCAGCUGGAUAUAUGUUACGACACCUGCGGUUCUAACAAGUACCGCUGUGACUCCAAGUUCCGCUGGUGCCUCCACAGCAUCUGCUCAGACCUCAAGAAGAGCCUGGGCUUUGUGUCCAAAGUAGAAGCAUGUGAAACAGUGGCAGACACUUUGUUCAACACGGUGUGGACUCUAGGCUGCAGACCCUACAUGAACAGCCAGAGAGCAUCAUGCUACUGUCAAGGGGAAGAGAAGGAUGAACUCUAAACUCAACUGCAUUCCUAUUUAUAUCACAGUAGAGGUCCGGUGUUCAUAUUUAUGGUCGUGUUUUAUUUGAGGAUUUGAUCAGGUUCCAUCCAAAGCGUUUGUUUUUGCUCUUUCCAACAUGAUGCAAUGAUCUUAGAAGCCCUUCAAUUGUCAUUUUGGGAGUGGGGUUGUACAUGAUUACACAUCGUAUUAGUGGAAUUUGAUUAGCCUAGGAUACAGGCCAUUCCAGUAGCCUAUCAGGGUUUAUUAUGGAUCUAACAGACACAAUUGUCUCUGAUUUUUUAAGGUUAUUACAAUUCUUAAUUGAAGUAGCCUUUGGAUAUUUACAAAUGCCGUGUAAAGCGAGGAGGAUUGACUUUAAAUAAAAUCAUUUGGUACAUGUUGCUAGAGGAUGCUUCUUGCCACUUGUGAAGGCACUAAUAUGCAUUAACAUAUGACUCGAUUAAGCGGUAGUAGAAAGUAGAAAUUGGGGCACAGAGUAGAGCCGCUGCUCCUUCACAUCGAGAGGAGCCAGUUGAGGCGGGUCGGGCAUCUGGUCCGGGUGCCUCCCUGGGGAGGUGUUCCAGGCAUGCUCAGACAGAGGACACACUGAGGGGAUUAUGUCUCACAGCUGGGCUGGGAAGGACUUGGGUGUCCUCCUGGUGGAACUGGAAGAGGUGGCCGAGGACUGGGAAGUCUGGGCUUCCCGACUAGGAAUGUUGCCCCUGCGACCCGUACCCUGAUAAGCGGAGGAGGAUGGAUGGAGAAUGAUAUCCUAAAAAUGAGUUCGGGCGACAACCGCCCUACGUUCUGAGCCAUGAGAAUGUUGCCUGGAAUGUUAAAUGUACAAUUUCCACCAAUAGGGGGAGACAGAUGAGAAAAAUGAAUGAUGGAAAUGUUGUUGUUUUUUU